UAUAAACCACUUUGAGCCCAGCCCAAGACAUCAAUCAGAAGUCCAACUUCGAAGCUAACACAACCAAUUCAAUCAAAAUGAUGAAAUUCUUUGCCGUUGUCCUGUGCGCCCUGUUCGCCGCCGCUGCUGCCAAUCCCGGCCUGCUGGCCUACAACGCCCCCCUGGCAUACUCCACCCCCCUGGCAUACUCCACCCCCCUGGCCUACAGCUCCCUGCCAGCCGCCGCCUACACCUCCGCCUACGCCCCCUACGUGGCGCCCUAUGCCAGCAGCUACAGUGCCCACAGUGUGGCCCACAGCGCCGCCCUGCCCGCCGUUUAUGCCGCCGCCCCUGUGGCCACCAUCCUCAAGAAGUGAGAUGUCCCAGGAUGCCGCACGUGUCCAGUAGAAGAUACAGAUACAAACAGAGAUGGAGAUACUUGCUCGCAGGCAAGCAGAAAUUAAACGCAAUGCAUCAGGCCCACGCACUGACCGACUAAGCAC